AAAUAUAACCUCUCCUGUCCCUUCUGGUGUUCUUGUAACUCCACCUCUAUUUGUGGCGCUACCUCUAUUUGCGGAGACCUAUGAUCUCGUAGAAAGCGUGGACACGACUCGUACGGCCUUGCUGCGGGCCAUUCGGUUGAAAAAUAGAAUUGAAACUUUGGUGUUUGCCUAUUUUCUCGGCAUGUUAUUUGUAACUGCUACUCCCACUCAGCAAGGAGCCAUCCAAAGACAAGUAACUCAACAUUAUUAUCGUGCGGCUAGGCGUGUCUACAAUGUAUUUGCUCCUCUUGGCGUUCAGCAAAUUUAUAGCACCACUAUGGUUACUUUUAAUACAUUUAGAUUGCUGUUGAAUGAAGAUAUCCAACAAUUGGUCCUCUAA